AUGAGUCAGUUAGAAAAGGGAUAUGGAGAGGUUUCAACAGCCAUAACAAAACAUGGAGAGGACUGGCACAGACAAAUCGACAAACUUGUCCAGAAACUUAAAGCUGAAGUUGAUGAGAUGAAAAACACACAGCUACAAAUUCUACAGAAACAUCUGGAUGAAAUAAACAAGACAAUGUGUGACAUCAAGGAAGAAAUCGAUUCACUUGAUGUUGCUGUGGAAUCUAAUGACUUGUCAAAACUAUUUAAACUUGCAUUCAGUGUAGAGAGAUAUAGAAAUCUUCCACAAAAAGUUCUGCCAUCUUUACCUACAUUCACGCCAUGCAAAAUCAAAGGACAAGAUCUUAGGAUAUCAGAUGAACAUGGCUACAGCAUGAAGACAGCACAGAAAUCACCAGAAGAUGGGUCCUCUCCUCCAGUCAAACAGCUGCUUGAUAAACCAGAGACUGUCACCACCAUAGACACUGGGUAUGAUGAUUACCUUUACAAUGUGGCCUGUCUGAGUGAUGAAGAAAUCUGGACAAGUGGAGGUGACAGCACCAUGAAACUCUACAGCAUCAAUCAGGGAUCACUACUCAAGUCAAUCACAACUAAGUAG